UGGAGAUUCCUAUCCACACUGCCUCGCAUCUCCCAACGCACAACUGGAACUGAGCUGAAUAAGAAUAAACCUCAGACAACAGCCUACCUGGCAUUGAAACAAAUAGGAACCUCCUGGACUAUUACUUACUCAUUGUUGGUGGACAACGUGUAUCUUGCAGGAAACAUGCUUCUGUACCCUGACCUUCUGGCCCUGCUCUUCCUCCAGCUUGCCCUCUCCAGCUCGUGGACGCUAGCCUACCAGCUGCCUACUCUCAGAGGAGGGAAUCCCUCCAGUAAGGGCUCACAGGUGGCCAGGGCCCCCACACAGAGGCAGCAGUCUGGGGAGCUCAGCACCACUGUCCUGGCCCUGGGGGAGCCCUGUGGGGUCUACACUCUGAGCUGUGACCGUGGACUCCGCUGCACCCCACCACUGGGGUACCCCAAACCCCUCCAGGCCCUGCUGCAGGGCAGGGGAGUCUGCAGCAACACCAGCGGGCCCAGCCCUUCUGAGAGGCCCCAACCCACAGGUAAGCACCUACUACAGCACAGAGUAGGGGUGGAGGAGGGGGUAUUGUAAACUAAAAUCAAUGGUAAAUUUAGCCUCUGCAGACAGUUCACAUGACCUAGUUAUAGCCUGUAUAACUAAGGCCCAGUUUUUCCUGCUCAGGACAUGGCACUGUAUAUUUUAGACAAAUAAAGAUGUAGAUGUUGUGCUGAUGACUUCGUUGUGACAAGAAAGGUCCCGAUUGUGAGAUUGUAUUGGACUGUGGAAGUAGAACAUUAGUGAAUCAGAAGUAAGCUUCAGAGAAAUACAGCUAGGAUGUAAUGGAGCACACAAUUGACAGUAGUUUACAUUGUGGAGGCAGAACCAAGUCUUAGUAUGCAGUGCUCCAAACUCAGCCACAAGUUUAAAAUAGAUCUGUUCAGACUCUACCAGGAAUUAAUUUGUUUUGGGUGUGGGAAAUGUUAUUCUCUUAAAUAAUCAAAAUUACGUCAUGUUAACCUCAAAUCACCAGCAGCUAGUACUUUUACUUUACAACAGGGCUCUCCAACCCUGUUCCUGGAGAGCUACUCUCCUGUACGUUUUCAAUCCAACCUCAGUUGUAACGAAGCUAAUUCAGGAUGGUAGCUCUCCAGGAACAGGGUUGGAGAGCCCUGCUCUACAACCUGUCGUGCCAAUCUGUGAACAUGAUAUACAACUCUACCUACUGGUUUGUCUCUGCCACUGCAUUCAUCAGAUAUCUCAGUAAUCAAUCAGUUACUGUGGUAAUGUAAUCCAUCACUAUGCUAAAGAUGCUGUCAUGUAUUUCUCCAGCCACACACCCGACACCCAGUGAAGACCUGGAGAAGGUAAAAUCCCUUGUAUUUACUUACAGAUGGAUGUUAGGAGGAUUGUGUUGAGCAAUAGAAUUGAAUGACAAUAUAACAAGUAUAUGAGGUAGUGUUUUCUUUAAAUAAUGAAAACUCUCUUUCUUUCUCUCUUCUCUCUAGGCUCCAUGCCGUAGACUGCUGAACAAUGUACUUAAAGGUCUGCAGCCCCUGGUCUUCAAGUCAGACUUUGCUGAUAUAUAUAUGCCCAACUGUGACAAGCAUGGUUUCUUCAGAAAGAAGCAGGUAGGUUUAUAAUCAGACUGUAUUUGUAGCAGACGUGGUUAACCGAACUAUGCUUGCUUGCAUGAUGAGUAUAACAUUGCCUAAACAGGAGCUCAGUGGGCUAACUCAAAUCUUGAGUUGCAAGCUGUGCUCGAUAGUCUAUGACUAUGCCUGGUCAGUAACAUGUGUGUGCAUGUGUGUGUGUGUAGUUGUUGUAUCCUAUACAACAAUUCACAUCUCAAAUAUGCUUUAUCACUGUGUGUCCCCUCUGGCAGUGUCGGUCGUCUCGGGGCAUGCAUCGCGGCCACUGCUGGUGUGUGGACGAGAGUGGCAUACCAACACCAUCACACACAAGCCCAGAGGGCACCCUGAUCUGUGACAACGCAUGAAAGGGCACUGUCCAGCCCACCACAUCCUGCAGUCUGGAAUAUGGGCCAUAGGGUGAGGAUCAAGAGGAAGAGAAGAAGUGCAAGAUGAGGAUAAAAGAGAGGCAUAGAGGAGGAGAAAAAGAGAGGGAUGGAGGAGGAAGCACUUUCCAAAGUGCUGGACAGUAAAUGGCUGAUACAAGCCAAGGUUUACGUCCCAAAUGGCACC